AUGAGUUCCAAGACCUACAUCGUCGAGCAUCUCGAUGAUGAGCUCGGCCCUUGGUCCGAACUAGAAUACAUCACCAUAGCCAAAGAGUGCCAUCAGGCAGGUGCAAAGUUCUGUCUGUCUUCAAUUCCUUCCUCUCUGGUGCUACCGGAGGCUUUAAAAGUCGUACCAGGUUUCACAGCAGAUGGCAAUAGCGUCGAGACAAUCUACGCAGCAGACAAGAGUCGAGUUUGUUUGCUGGACCCGUCAGCCACCAAGGAGUUGAGCCCGGAGGAUGGUGACACCUUCGAUGUCUUUCUGUUCGGAGGAAUUUUAGGGGAUGAUCCACCCAGAGACAGAACUUCCGAGUUAAGAAAUAAGGGUUUCGAGGGAAGACGUCUUGGGCCAAAACAAAUGACUACCGAUACCGCUGUCAGAGUGACAAGGCUCGUGGCACAGGAAAAGAUUCCACUGGACGAGAUUGAAUACGUGGACUACCCAGAGCUGAGAAUAAAUAAGAACGAAAGCACUCAAAUGCCGUUCCGGUAUGUGAAAGGAGUGGAUGGACAAUCGAUCAUGCCGGAAGGAAUGAUUGGCCUGAUCAAGAAAGAUUCAGAGAAAGGCUUUGGCGAUCUCUUCUGA